AAGCGCCAAAGGAAUAAAUCGGCAAGGGUCACUAGGCUUAAAGAACAGGCAAGUCUGUUUCAACCUCUAGCUGAAGAUAACAAUACACCUGCCAAGUUCCCAAACAGUAGUGUUGGGCAGAAGACAGUACUUGGUCAUACGAAUACUAAGCGCCAACGGAUUAAAUCAGCAAGGGUCACUACUUUUUGUAUGCCUGAGAUUAACGAUGCCGAUGAUAUGAUAGAAUCAUUCGACAUUACUGCACGAAUGAAGCAGGCAAUUCUUUCUGAAAGUGUAAUAGCAAGCACUAGUGUACCUGACAACCAAUCACGAAUUAACGAUGGUCAGACGACAGUGCUUGCGCCUAAGAUUACUACGCGGCAGAGGAUUAAAUCUGCAAGGGUCACUACUUUUUGUAUGCCUGACAUUAACGAUGCAGAUGAUAUGAUAGAAUCAUUUGACAUUACUGCACGAAUGAAGCGGGCAAUUCUUUCUGAAAGUGUGAAGAGGUCGUCUCAACAGGUAGCUGAGAAGAACAACAUAGAUGACAGCUGCCUAGGAGUUAGGAAUGAGAAUACCAGUAUCCCUGACACUAAUGAUGCCGAUGAGAUGAUGAAAUCAUUAAGUAUUACUGCUCCAAUGAAGCAGGCAAUUCGUACUGCAGCUGUAACAGAGAACAAUGUGGCCGACAACUUGCCAAGUACUAGCGAAAGACGGACUAUGGAUUGUAGAAUUGCGGGUGCUAGGAAGAGGAUCAUAUCAUCAAUGGAUACUAAAUCAUUCAAACAGACAAUUUCGCCUGAACCUCUAACCGAUACCAAUGACAGACAGCAGCGUUACACCGGAGUUGACGAUGAGCAUACCUCCACGCGCGGCCCCAAGGAUGUUGCCUGGAGAGUAAAAUCAUCCAAGAAGGCCACAGCAGUAAAACCGAAUAUUUCUACUAAAUCCCUAUGGGAGAAUAUCGAUGGAGCUACUAUCAUUCAAAGAUCUGCAAGUGCCACCAACGUCACAUGUGCCACCAACGUCUGCAGAGGAGACAGAUGGAUACCAACGCCAGUAGAGAUUUGUGUGAAACCCUUGGCUGAAGAUAACGAGUUAGAUUAUGAGCCAUCGCAAACUUUGCAAGUACAAACGGAGGCGUGCGAGCCGAUGGAAAGCGCGUUUCCUAACGCUCGAGAUAAGGGACCGAUCAAGAAGCUGCCCAAUAGAUUGCGCCGUGUUCAAGGCAUCUUGUCUGCUACUCGACUUCCUAUUGGACGGCACCUCCAUGAACAACGAAAAUCAGCUACAACGGCCCUGUUUUCGCGAAAGAAAAAAGAGCAAACCGCGCCUGUUACCGCUACGAACGUCGUCGUUGAAGUAGAAUCAUCGAAGAAGACUAAGAGCGUGCCAUUCAUGCCGGCUAACACAUCCUCUGGUACUUUACCUAGGGUUAAAAGUGUAGGAAGCAUGGCGAACUUUGCGCAAGCAAUAGGCCGAAAAAUAGCGUCAAUAAGAACCGCGGUAGGAAAGGUGAUGAGAAGCAGCAAACACAACCGCGUAGCGCCAUUCAAUGGCUGAACUAAUCGUCAUGAUAAUAUUCAUGUAAAAUUGGCAACUUCAGCUGAUUAUGAAGAAAGAGCGCAUCAUGUAAAUAUACUGUAAUAUAAUAUUGUGCGAAAGCUAGAGGUGACUAGGAUAGACUAAUUGGUAGAGAGAGAAAGAGAGAGAGAGAAAGAGAGAGAGAGAGAGAGAGAGAGAGAGAGAGAGAGAGAAAGAAAGAAAGAAAGAGAAAGCGCGAACAAGCAAACGAGCGAAAGAGAGAUAACGUGUGCAAUAAUUAUGUCAGAGAGAUUUGCCUAAUUUGU